AUGGCUUCCUCAGUUGUCGAGGAGGACUCUCCACCUUCCGGACGGAGCUCCGGACAUGCGGCGCCGGAAACUCAACGGCCAAUGCCGAAGUCACUUGGUGAAGCUCUACGUGCUGUCGGCAUGACACUCGAUAGACCUGGCUCUGAAACUCCAAGCGAAGAGGAUUACGAGGAGAAUAUCCGACCAACUUUGACAGAGCCAUCCACCGUCCGGCAUCGUUAUCGAUAUGCCCGUCGUGGUCGUUCACAGAAAGAAACACACUCUCCAUCCUUUGUGGAAUCCGAGUCACGACUCAAGCGUCGUGACUCUGGUGUUCAUAUAGUAUCGGACGAGGACAAGAGCCUUCAGCAAAUACUCAAAACUAGUCCUCAGUGGCCUCAAGAACCGUCUAGUCCGAAUGUACGGCGACGCAAGUUUGCUGAUCUCGUCUUCACUCGUCAAUUCUCUGCCUUUGACCGCCAUAACCCAUUGGCAUCUAACAGCCCAUUCCAUGGCUUCUAUACGCUCUUUUGGCUCGCUGUGGCUCUCUUUGUCCUAAAGAUUUCUGUUCGGAACUGGCAAGUUUAUGGAAAUCCUUUAGGCACCAGCGAUAUCAUGAGAACAAUGUUUCAUCGAGAUGUAAUUGUUCUGCUGGUCUCAGAUGGCAUCAUGUGUGCUUUUACAGCAGUGACAUGGCUGAUUCAACGGUUGGUAUCUGCCAACUAUCUCAACUGGGACGGGGCAGGAUGGGUCAUCCAGAAUAUUUGGCAAACCACCUUCCUGGCAGGAGUCAUAGGCCUGACUCUAUUGCGUGACUGGCCCUGGACUCAUACAGUCUUUUUCGUAUUACAUGGCAUCGUCAUGCUAAUGAAACAGCACUCUUAUGCUUUCUAUAAUGGCUAUCUCUCUUCGGUCUACAAGCAUCGUGCUGCCAUUACCAAGAAGCUCAAGCAGCUAGACCUUGUUGACCCGACCAACACCCCUUCACGGACUGAGCCCCCUGCAUCCGCCAUCUCAACGCAUCACCUCAGCAUUGCUCCCUCAGCUGAAGAGCGUCGAAAGUCCAUCUCGGCCCAGCCAGAACAGGAGGAGAGCGACAUAGAAAAGAUUUCACGUGCGAUUGCUUCGCAUGAGCCUUUGGACGACCAACAGAUUGGUCUCUUCGAGCGCAUCAUGAAAUGGGAGAUUGAUGCCAUGUCAGACGAACUCAAGGGUACCGCUCUCAGCGAAGACAAGGCAUACCCGAACAAUUUGUCCCUCAUGGAACAUUACAAAUGGAUCCCUCUGCCAACAUUGGUUUAUGAGAUUGAGUAUCCACGAUCAGACUCUAUCGAUUGGUCAUACGUAUUGGAGAAAUUUAUCGCAAUGAUCGGGAUCUUAUUUGUCAUGGUACAAGUCUCGCAGUAUUCCAUAUAUCCCGUAGUUAUGAAGACCGUUGAAAUGAAGAACAAUGGCGACACUCUUAUCCAGAGACUUCAGGAGUUCCCGGGAUUGCUUCUUGAUCUCAUCUUUCCAUUCAUGAUGGAAUACCUGCUUGUCUGGUAUCUGAUAUGGGAAACGAUCCUAAAUAUCUUGGCCGAGCUGACGUACUUUGCCGACCGGAGCUUUUAUGAUGCAUGGUGGAACAGUGUCUCGUGGGACCAAUUCGCCCGUGACUGGAAUCGACCAGUCCAUGUCUUCUUAUUGCGACAUGUCUACCACAGCUCUAUCUCGUCUCUGAAGGUCAACAAACAUACAGCCACCCUCAUCACAUUCUUUCUCUCGGCCUUUGGUCAGGCUGAGUCGCACUAA